AUGAUAUCCUUGCUUCUUCGCUUCGGCUUUGAUGGCGCUUGCCGCUCCUUCUCACCAACAUCUCACUGCACACCAUCAUCGACUUCACUCCCCAUUCUACGCGUGAACAUCGCUCAAACGAGUAGCCAAAUCAUUGAGGCCACAGCAUCCGAAGGCGCAGGUGGCUCAGCAGGUCGUGUCCCGGCGCCAAUAUAUGCCAGCUUUGCGCCUCCUGGUUCGCUUGACAAAAUAUGUCAAAUGGCAGCUACUUUCUCAAGUAUGAGUGCGUGCUCACAGCCGCCCACUCUUUCUAAACGAAACCAAAAGUUGAUGACAGCCGAUUUCACAGCUCCCUCAAUUCCACCCUCCCCUGCAUGGGCAACAAGCCUGCACCUCCCAAUCUUGACCGCUCCUUCGCCUCUCUCCUCAGGUACCCAACCGAUGUCGUUUGGACUGAUCUUCGACGAAGAUGGGCAAAAGAGUGAACGUGGAGUUGCUGGGGGAAACGCAUGCCAGGAAUUUAAGAAUCGACGGAGCGAGGAGUUUCCCCUCGCUCAACUCCACACUCAAGAUGGUCGAACGAAGUUGGAAAUUGUGUGCGUGGAGAUUCCCGGCUCUAAGGGGAUAGCAGCUGCACGCUGGAGGGGUUUCAAAGUACAUAUGAUUGGUAUGCGUGAAGACUCCCAGUUUCAAUGGAUAGUACACUCAAGCGUCAAAUGCCCUGCUAAUUGGUGAGUUCAACAAAGAUUUCAUAAUUAUAUGCCGAGUAGAGGUAUGUUAAUUGCAUGACCAGAUCAACUAGCAAGGUGAUGAUACCUCCAGAACGGUGUGCACGCCAGGUAUUGGUUCCUCUGUUUUGCGUGAAUUCCCUCUGCGAAACCGAAACCAGAUCAACGAUAAUGGCGAUAUCACGACCUAUACAGGUCACCUUGGUCUGUGCAUCCUUCCCUAAGGUGUGCUUUAUUCUUUUAUACAGAAGCACCAGCCGUUGUUUUUGACACUGAACUUCGCACGUAACAACGAGGCUCGAUUAUUGCCUCUCGUGCGUGGUCACUUCGCGUCCUCUGCACCGGUCGACCUCUUUGCUUACGGCAGCCGGAUUGGAGAAAUGCCAGCUUAUAGCACCAUUAUCAAUACUCUUCAGGGACUUUCAGAUCAGGAUGCAGCAACCACUUCGCAGGCUCGCACGGUCGUGACCCUACAAAGUUUGAGGUCUUACAGUUUAACAAUGUGUAAAGCUAUCUAAAACUAUGGUAGAAUGGAUUUUGUAAAGGACA